GGCUGCAUCUCCAUCGAGGAUGGCCUCUUGCUGAUCCAGCAGAAGUUCUACGCGGCACCGGAGCAGCGACUGUCGGUGGGGGAAAUGGCUACGGCAAACAAGGGCACUAAGCCCAAGGCGGGAGGUGUCCGCUUUGCCCCAAACCAAACAGUGGAGGGCCCUUCCAGCCACGUCCACUUCGAUGAGAAGCUUCACGAUUCGGUGGUCAUGGUCACCCAGGAGAAGGACGGGGACUUCCUGGUGAAGGUCGGCUUCCUGAAGAUCCUGCACAAGUACGAAAUCACGUUCCUUCUGCCUUUUGUGCAGUGUCUGGGGAAAGAAGUCUGUGCGGUACCCUUGCCGAACCUGAACCUUCGAGUGAUUGACAUUGCACCGGCAUCCGAAGGUUACAACAUCAAGUGCGAGUACACGGCCCACAAAGAAGGGGUCCUCCGGGAGGAGAUGGAGCUGUGCAGCGCAUCCAACGACGGUGCCUCCGUCAAAGUGGUCGUGCAAGCCAGGGUGAUGGACCGCCACCAUGGCACGCCGAUGCUGCUGGAAGGGGUGAAGUGCAUCGGAGCAGAGUUAGAGUAUGACUCGGAGCAAAGCGAAUGGCACGGGUUCGACUAGGCCGGAUCUCCGCCGUCCCCUGCAAAGCCCGGUCAACUUUCUAGGGUUUUAUAUACAUAUAUAUUUUCCGGUUCAGCUUGAAAUUUAAAAAAGAAAAAAAAAGCACCUCCUCAGCUGUUUACUGGCUGCCAGCUGCAGAGCGUUCUUGUUUCAUGCCGGCCUC